AUGGGUGGAGCCAGCAGACCAUAUAAACAGAUUGAGGACUUUAGACAAGCUGUGGAAUACUGUGGUCUCCAUGACAUUCAUUCAUAUGGGGAAAGGUUUACUUGGUCAAAUAACAGAAGUGGUAAUGACUUUACAAAAGAAAAAAUUGAUAGAGUUUUUGGCAAUAAAGAAUGGAAUGAGUUAUAUAGGCAUGGUGUCUGUAAUGUUCUUCCUGCCAUUAGAUCUGAUCACUCCCCCUUGUCAGUUAGUUUACACAAUACUUCUAAUGGGAGGAAGAAAAGAAGAUGGUGCUUUAGAUAUGAGAUGGCCUGGGAAAUAAAGGAAGAAUGUCUGAAGAUGGUGGGUGAGGCUUGGCAAAAUGCUGGUAUAACAAAUUGUCAGGCUAAAUCCUUAAGAACACAGCUUGAACUAUGCCAAAAGGGUCCUAUGACAUGGAGGCAAACUCUUAAGCAACAAGAGGAUCAAAUUAUAAAAAAUGGGACUCUAAAUAUUGGGCAUCUUCAGAAUUCUGGUACAGGUGAGCACGUGGCAGCUAUGAAACAAAUUCAAGAGGAGGUGGUUACUGCCAUUACAGCUAAUGAUAUAAAGUGGAAGCAAAGGGCAAAGCAACACUGGCUGAAACAUGGGGACAGAAACACUCAGUCUUUCCACGUGCAAGCAAGCCAGAGAAAGAAGAUCAAUGCAGUCAAAAGCAUAGUGGAUUCACAAGGCAGGGCUGUCACUGACUAG